AUGUCGAGAAACCUGAAGCGAUAUAGUAGUAGAAAGAAUCAAAUUAGGGACUUUUUCAAUAGCCCAAUAUAUGGCAGUGGUGCAUGCCCACUCUGUGAGAACAACGCUACGCCCGAAAACUUGAACAAACAUCUCAACGAUAAUUCAAAUAGCAAAACCUGCGGCGACGUUCACUUGGAACUCUCAUUAAUCAAACAAGCUUCCCAGCCAGAUUUAUGUGAUGCAAAACAACAGUUAUAUCGGACCAAAUGCUGUCCUGAGGAGACUGGAGUUGAAGAGCAUGUCGGGCCAACGGUUGGGACAGCCCUGGGAUUCUUGGCAGUAUUGAUAUUGAUCAAGAGGAUCUUGUCAUUACGAGUUCGGGUCAUUUCGAAUGACGAUGAAAGCGUUUCGUCGCAAUCGAAAUAUGAGCAAAUGGAAGACGGUGUUAGGUCGGAUGGGGUUGAUUCCCAAAAGGGGUCGCAUUCCGUGGCGGUAAAGCAAAUCGUUGUCGACCGACGCUCGCAAGUUGUGUAG